UAUAGACUCGACCUAGAAUGACGAAACACAGUGCAACAAUGAAUGAAGACGGUCAAACCAAGAACAUCCAACAGGCCAGGGCCAGCAAGCAGCAAAUAGAAACCCUCGCCGUCUACGUUCGUCUCGCCCCUUCCCCCUUCCAUUUGUUUCUCGGUGACUGAAGCUUUCUUGCAGAUGCCAUACCUGUUUUGGGGGGAAGCUCCAAUGAAAACGACAGGUGAAUCGAAGCCCUCACAAUUAGGACACGACUACGAGGUCAGGUCUGGUGGUCAAAAAGUCAGCAAGGUCGUACAUGAGUCUCUGACCUUGGAUCAAUACUACUAUGCAUCUCUUGAAAAUACUCAGGAACGAGACCAGAGCCAGGUGGUAGGCCGAUAUUUCGACGCACAGCGCAAAAAGCUGGAAGAAGCGACAAAGAAAAGUUCGUCCUCGACACCCGUCAGCCCUGACAUCAUGUCAAAGAAACAGAUUCUGAUGGUGAACCAAUUGUGGAUAUGGGUUCUUUACGAUGAUACCAUCAUCACGAGCACAACGCACCAACCAGAUGAUGCCCAAAUCACUUUCCUACAACGCAUUCUCAACAAGCUUCGGGAUCAGAAUGGCAACUCAGAAUUUCUAGUCAGCGACAUUGUGGGACUCAUCAUGGACACGGCUGCAAAUUUAUUUGAUGCUCAAGAAAUCGAGAUUACGAACGCGGAGAAGGGCAAGAGGUCUCCGAUGGAGAUAUUUCGGGAAUCAAUUCAGCAGGUGCGCGACCAAGAAACAAUCCUCUUCGACACUUUCUUCAAGUCGCUUAAACGCUCUGAUGACGAAAAGAAGGGUAAAAAGCCUACCAGGGGUGAGCAGGUGUGGGACCUUUUGUACAAAUGGAGUCGAGACAACCCUUACGAGGACAUCGAAGUCGAGACAGGGCUGCUGGCAGAGAUCAAAGAUAUCCUGGACGAGCUCAACAUGCUCCGAAAUCUGGCUCAAGACCAGAUCCACGUCGGCGCUCUCUGGGAAAAAGCCACCGGAAAGCCCGAAUGGAAUCGACCGGUGACUCCCUCAGAACGAGAAGAGCAGAUCAAGGACAUGAUUGAAGAUGUUCGAAGCGUCCAGGAUUCCAUCAAUUCCCUCCUCGACCUGAAGCAGAAAGAAGCCACCAUCGUCGAGGCCAAGGCGACGCGCAGACAAAGCGACAGCGUCAUGGUGUUCACGGUGGUCACCAUUGUUUUUUUGCCUGCUUCAUUCCUGGUGAGUCUUUUCGCCUUGAAUGUGGCAGACUACCCCCACGAAGAUGGAGCUGUUACUUAUCAAGGACGGUGGAUAUUCCCGAUCAUCUUUGUUGCUUCUCUUGGUUUCUCUCUGGUCUUCGUGCCCUUUGCUUUCAACGCGAGCCUGUUGAAAGUACUGGUCAAACAGAAAGCAGAAAAGCACUGGAAUGAAAUGAAAAAGAGAGAAAAUAAUCAAACAAGAAACCAGCAGGAUCCAGCGGAUGGUGAGACGAGGAGUCUGGCUGGGCAGGAUCAACAGGACAAGGAUCCAGAACCACCUAUGAAAAUGGAUCCGAACAACGCAGAUAAUGUGUAGGGAGCCUGCUUUCUCUCUAUUUCUGUUAUAUUUAUAUAUAUGAA